AUGCUGCUGAACCUCACCAUCCUCUUCGCGCUCCUUCCGUCUCUUGUCCAAGCGGCCGUCCCAGCCCCCGCUGCUCAAGCGGUGUUCCCCGAUCGAGAUCGAGUUCGACACACCUACAAGGAAUACCUAUCCGGUAGCUCGGAGCCUCGACACCCUUCUCCCGAAUACAAGGCGAAGGCAGCACAGAAGGCCGCCAAGGAGACUUUAGACCUACAGGCUGCAAAGUAUGGGUACGAAGAUGCGGAGAAUGCGGCUUUUUACGCUAUGAGGGCGGAGGCCGGGGCGAGGGACCCCAAUGAGAAAGCGCCAUUCCCCCCUUAUAACACUUGGGAUGCCUACUGGGGUCUCAAGACAUUCGGCCACACCAAGCCUGUCCGAUGCAUGACAGCGGAUAACACGACCCUCUACGAUAUCGCCAUCCUGGGCGCUCCCUUCGACACCGCGACUUCCUGGAGACCUGGCGCUCGAUUCGGUCCGGGUGGUAUCAGGGGCGGUGCUCAACGGCUUGGGGGUGCGAAUCGUCUGCUCGGAAACGAUGCAUUCCAGGAGCUCGAGAUCGUCGAUUGUGGUGACUCGAGAAUGACAUUCUACUCCAACGAUCUCGCUUUGGCCACCCUGGAAGAUGACUACAGGAGCCUCAUCAAUCGUCCGAUCUCAACUUCUUUCAAGAACGGUGAAGAAAGCUUGGCCCUCGAUGGUCAACACCAUCCAAGAGUGAUGAUGCUGGGCGGUGACCAUACUAUCGUGCUCCCUGCUCUACGAGCCCUGAACGAAGUUUACGGACCUGUGUCGGUCAUCCACUUUGACAGUCACUGUGACUCGCGACACCCCGACAAAGGCACUCUGACCCACGGCGACUACUUCUACUUCGCUUGGAAGGAGGGACUGAUGAGCGAGACCAACAUUCAUGCUGGUAUCCGAUCCAACUGCGACAUUCCCUCUGACCUCGAGACCAACUUCGCCACCGUCCUCGCUGACGAGAUCGAAGAUAUCGGAUGGAAGGGCGUGAUCAAGCGCAUCAAGGACCGAGUGGGUGACAGUCCCGUUUAUCUGACCAUCGACAUCGAUACCCUCGACCCUGCUUUCGCACCUGCGACAGGAACUCCAGAGAUCGGAGGUUGGACCAGUAGGGAGAUGAUCAAGAUCUUGCAUGGUCUUAAGGAUCUCAAGAUUGUCGGUGCUGAUGUUGUAGAAGUCGCCCCUGCCUACGAUACGACAGCCGAGAUCACGCAGAUCGCUGCAGCCGGCCUGGUAUUCGAGCUGCUCAGCAUGAUGGCGCUCACUCCCGUUGUCAAGACCUAG